AUGACGAGUACGUCCAGCACAACAACGACAACAACGACAGUGACUUCUACGAGCACCACUAGCACGAGCUCAUCAACAUCCUCAAAAACGACUACGUCCAGCACAGCUUCCACAUCCACUACUAGCACCACCUCUUCGACAACAAGCACUUCAACUUCUUCGACUGCAAGCAGCAGUUCGACGACCUUCACUCUAAGCACAACAACUUCCAGCAGUAGCACUAGUUCAACAACAAGCUCCAGUUCAACAAGUACUUCAACAACAACUGCAAGCAUCACGUCGACAACCGGCACAACUUCAACUACUGAGACCACUUCAAGCAGUACGAUGACAACGACGAGCUUAUCGACAAGCAGCACAGGCACAGCAUCCUCAACUACAAAUACUGCAACAACGAGUACUGGAACCUCGGUCUCUGCUACCACGACGUCGCAGACUGCAACUACCACAACCACAACCAUGCAGACGUGGUGCCGGAAGUUCUAUGGCGGGGUAGCUAUUGAGUCUGGGACUUGUCAAGCCGGAGCUUUGGAACAUGAUCAUUGCUUGACCCCAAGGGAGGGCAAUGAGCUCAGCUGUGGCACCAUCGCACACUGUCCGAGUGCUUCCAACUCUUCCGGUGGCCAAUGCGACCGCUGCGCCACUGUGCUUGCAGAGGACUGGAACCAAGAGAUCCGGUUGUCUGGUGAUCUUCGUUGGGCACCAUUCGGGGCAACAGAAGCGGAAGAACUCCAAUUAGCAGGAUACGACAUCUCAGUGGUCGAUGAGUGUGGGGUUGAGCUGCUGAAGCUAGGAAGAGUUCCUAUGCAGAUGGGGAAGUCUUACGACGUGCAGGAGUGCUGCAGUUCGAACUGGUACUCCUGGAUUAUCCAGAAUGAGCUCGUUCCACGUGAAAUGGUGGCCAUAUCAAUCUCCACUUGGCAGGACAACUUGGCCACGACAAUUCCUAUCUACACGAGCUUUAUCACGAGCACAACAUUCCUCACUGUGACAUCCACAACUGCUACUGUGCCCUGA